AUGUAUUGCGUGCCGCUGGUCCCGAACGAUGUGAGCCAAGAGGAAGCUGAUUUCAGGACCCUGCACACUAUCGAUGCGCUGACAAAGGUUUUUUGUACCUUUUCUGGGAUUUUUCAUGGAAGUGUAAGGCUUUCAGACAAUUGACGAUGUCUUCGAUCGGGUGAAUUCGCGGUUGAGCUCGUUGGAAUCCGAGUUGAGCUCGAUGAACCGACGAGCCGACGUCGUUUAUGAGAAGUUGGAACGGAUGAAGCAGGUUUGGUUGGGUUGAUGGGAGAAAUUGCUGUGGAAAAAUGAAAUUUUGGUUUUAUUUUUUAGCAGUGGAUGCUUUUAAAGAAAUUGAACUCAUUCUGGAACUUUUACAAAAAUUCUUCACACUUUUUCAAGGUUGUUUCAAAUUGUAUGUAGAAAAAAAAAUGAAAUGGAGGGCGGGGCCAUCUAAUUAUAGUUUUUCUAAAGGCGGGGCUUGAAAAGCCAAUAGCGAUUGAAAUACGAAUUUUGGAAUGCCGAUAUCGAAAAUUACUUGAAAAUGUGUUUCGGAAUAGCUUUUGUAGAGUUAUAUAAUCUAAAAAAAAUUCUUUACGAAUUUUACUCGAAGUUUUUGUAUUUUGGAAUUCCAAAGAUUCGCAAUGCGCUUUUAUCAUUGAACUGACCCUCCUCUUAUAAUUUCUAAAAAUGCAGUCAAACUGCGCCAUCGUCCUACGAGUUCCUUCAACGUUUCCCUCUGCUGAGUACCAACCUUCCACCACCAUUUUCCGUCACUCUAAAGGGGUCGAUCAUGUUAACUGUGGUUUGAGCUAAAAUAACUGAUCUAGGAAACAAGAUGUUUUUCCAGAUCGAAGCUGUGACUUUGCUGGUUUUCAACUAGGAAGGAAAGUGAAGUUUGACGUGAAAGCCGAAUUGGAAGAGAGGAAAAAGUUUUUCGUCGCCAGCGCUGCUUUGAACGAGAUUCGACGGAAGAAACAGAAUGGUUUAUUGAAGAUUUGCCUUUAAAGAAUUGGAAAAAAAAAUGAAAAAAAGAUUUUUCUUUUCUCGAUUUUUUGAAAGUUAUUGACAGGUCGCUAUGUUUUGAAAAUGCAUGUUUCCAAAAUUAAUCUGAACUUGAAUUUUUGAAUUUUUUUUUUCUGAAAUUUUUUGUUACAAAAGUUGUUUUCAAUCCCUUUUUUCCAGGUAGAACCGCUCCGGAUGGUGUUAAAUCUGUCACUGAAUUGUUUUACUCGGGCACAUCUAGACCAGUUUAUACGGACCUUGGCGGUAAUUUCUCCGAAAAGUUCAAGAAGGGGCCAAGGAGCGUCAAUUCAACUAAGUACGUGAAUGAUUUAAAUUUAUAAUUUUGUGGGACGUGUGUGAAGCGGCCGCAAUGCGGUUUUUGGCGGGAAUGCGAAUUUUCUGUAUUUUAGUCCUGCUCAACUUUUCUAUUAUGGUCUGCUCAGAUUUUGAAUGUCAAGAAGUCAAGCUCCGCCUCUAAUGGCGCGAUUCAUCCACAGAGCAUUUUUCGAAGGACGUCAUUGGAAUUUACAUUCAAAAUCGGAAAACUUUAAAAAAUUGGUUUACUUGAAUCGUUUCAUUUUCGAAUAACUUCCGCAAAAAAAGAAGGCACACCAAUGCGAUCAUUCUCGAAAAAGUGCUGAAAACGCGUCGCGACUGCUUUGACUUCCGUUUGAAGCCGAGAAAAUGAUUAUUAUCUUAUGUUAAUCAUGUUCUUCAGGAGAAGCCGAGACAGGGCCGAAGAAGAGGCGUCGAUGCUGGAAGAGUCGGCGAUCGCCGAGUCAACCUUCGACCUCAACGACGACAAACAUCCGCUCGCCUACCGUCCAACUUCCCUACCGAUAGAACCCCUUGCCUUCCCCAACACUCUCCCCAAGUUGUCUGGUCCGAAAAUACCGUAUACCGUCUUUAAAAUGCGGUGGCUUCAGGCUUCGCCGAGGACUUUACUCUAAAGGAGUACGGAAUCGAGGAAUCCAUGCUACCGGAUAUUGACGACGGCGUUCUGAGCGAGUCUCGUAGUAGCGGGGUUCUGGAAAAAGCACCUUCACCCGUACCUAUGGUGCCAACUACGAUAGCGGUUACUGUAGCGAGUGAAAAGGUGUGUCACCUCGAAGAAACGCGGAGAGACAGGCUGGAGGACUUUGAAAAUAAAAAAAGCUAGUUUUUAAAGGAAUUCUUCCUAGCGAGCCCGAUUUUUGUCAUUUUUAGAAGAAGUCGUCAUAUUUCAAACUAUCAAAGUAGAGAAUAUAAAUUAAACUUUUUUCUUUAAAAAUCUUUUUUUGUGAGCUUAAGGAAGCCUAGUGCUCGAAUUUUUGAAAUUAUCACUAUUACGUCAAAGCGGAGUACCUUAAAAAAUUUUUUACAACCUUUUUUUUUACAACCAUCCCAGAAAACCGACAAGGCGAAUUUGAGACUUUCCAGCGUAUUUAUUGAUUAUUAUCUUUUCAAAAAGUUUUUCUGAUGUUUUUGAAGGAUCAUGAACCAUUUUCUUGAAAAUAUUGAAGCGAAAAACUGCUUUUAAAGUUUUUUGAAGGACCCUGUUUCUCAAAAAGACUUAGUAAAGAGGUUCCAGGAGCCGUCAAAAGCAACAAUUCCGCCAGCUCCAGUCAUUCCUCAAGCUCCUCUACCGCCUCCGCCGCUCGCUCCACCUGCUCCAUUAACUGUAGUGGCACCUCCUCCAGCUCCACCUCCGCCUCCACCUCCUCCGCCUUCUUCUCUGGCUACCAUGUCUCCAAUUUCGCCGUCUACGCCUUCAGAUGGACGGUUUUGAAUGAUUUCCAUCUUUAUCUUACCAAAAGAUUAUUUUUUAGAUCGGACCUGAUGGCCGCAAUCCGCGCGGCUGGAGGUGUAGGCAAGAUGAAGCUCAAAAAAGCUACCGAUAAGCGGGCGCGAAUACAGGUUUUGGAGUAAAAAACAAUAAAUGAAAAAAUGUAUUUGUAGAGCGAUAAUCUGUCCGAAUCUUCUGCCCUGUCGCCAGCUGCUCAGAAGGCGCCUGGCAGUGGGGAUGCUGGAGGCGGAGACUUGAUGUCGGCUCUGUCCAAGGCUUUGGAAUCCAGAAGGAAAGGUAGAAAAUCAAAGAAAAAUAAAAUGAAUGAAAAGAGGCAUAAAAUUUUAAAAAGCAAAGGAAAGGUUGAAGUUCCUUUGAAAAAGUUCAGAUUAACUGGAGAAAAGAAGUAUAGAAUCAUUGAAAAAAAUCGUGGACGAAACAUUUUUGCGUCUUCCAAACUAACUUCUGAGAAUCUUCUGGACUAUAUAUUUCAAAGAAAUUUGUGGAUUAACUCAGAAAAAAAUGAAGGAAAAAGGAAAUCAAGAAAAAUUUUUUUGUUAGAAAAAAAGGGUUGAAAAAAAGUUUGAGAAUUUUCAUUUAUUCAAGAAUUUCGUUUUUUUGAACUCGAAGAUAGGCGCCAAGUUAUGAACCGGAUCUUCUCCUCAGAAUACUCUUCUAAUAAAUGUUUCAGCUCUGGAAAAUCCUGGAAAAGUGUUGGGGAGGCAACCAGUAGGAGGUUGAAAGUUGAAUAGAAGAUAAAAGGCUUUGAAAAGGCUUUGGGAAGGUAGUUGGAAAAAAAAAUAACUAAAAUGCUUGCCAGAAGCCAUGUAGCAGGCUUCUCAAUGGUAACUAGAAGGCAUAGGGAAGCCAAGAAGAAGGCGUUUGACCACUUGCUGGAAAGCUUCCAAACGCCUUCUGAGGAACCGAAAGCAGAAGCAACCCAAUUUUUAUCUGGAAUCAUAAACUGUUAUUAGAACUUUUCCGUUUCUAGCCAUCGCCGGACGAGAAAAACCGCGGGCCAGCGGCCAAAACGACGUCUACGACAAGAUCCGCAACAUGAUUCCUCCGCCAAACGGUCACGAUGAAGGCGUCGGAAGUGGCGGCGAAGAAGAAGAGGAUUGGAAAUGA